AUGACCACAAAUAUGGUGAUGAUCAUCUUUUUUUUCGCCAUAUGGCAAUCACAUCAUAUGAUGAUGACAACGGAUGCGGCAUUAAUGUUGACAAGAGAUGAUUGUGCUGAUCUUUAUUCAAUGAUUGGUGCUAAUGAACAACAGCAACCAGAAAAUGCUAUCGAAAUAAUUCGUCGUAUAACACAACAUCAAAUGGAUGCCGAUAGUCUUGUUCGUCUUUAUGAUCUUUGUUUACGAUCCGAAGAAGGUAUACGUUAUCGACGAUCAAUGUGGCCACAACCAUCAUCAUCAUCAUCAUCAUCCAGAUGGUCAUUUAUGAAUAGAAAUCAACAUAAACAACAUAAUUCCAUCAUACCAUCGUUAUCAACAUCAAUGAAUAAUCAUCAUCAUCAUCAUCAUCAACAUGAACAACAAUCACCAUUGGAAACCGAUUCAUAUGGACAACAAACAACAAAACAGGAACAAGAACAACAACAACAACAACAACAUCCCUGCAAUGUAUAUUGA